AUGAAUAGGUUUGGCCUAAUUGUUGUAUUAUUAUUAUUUUUGUUGUUGUCUUAUUCUGAUGAGAAAUACACGACAAAAUAUGAUAAUAUCGAUGUGGAUGAAAUCUUGCAGUCGGAUCGUCUGUUCAACAACUACUACAAGUGCCUGAUCGAUACGGGCAAGUGCACGCCCGAGGCCCGCGAGCUUAAGAAAUCCCUGCCUGACGCUUUGGUCACCGAGUGCAGCAAAUGCAGUGAGAAGCAAAGGCAGAACACCGACAAGGUCAUCCGCUUCGUGAUCGACAAAAAGCCAGAGGAAUGGAAGGUACUGCAGGCUAAAUAUGACCCAGAAGAGGUCUACAUUAAGCGUUAUAGGGCACAGGCACAAAAGGCUGGCAUCCCUCUCUAAAUUCUAGUGAUAUUUGGGCUUUUAAAAAUGAUCUAUAAAAUAAAUGUUUAUAUUUGUAAAAAGCUA